AUAAAACGGGAAAAAUAAUGUUUUUCGAUUAUAUCAACAUUAAUCGAUUCAGGUUAAACAACAAUCUGAGAGGUUGCAAAUGUUAUUCAACAGAAAUAAGUACAAAGUGGGAUGAUUUGUGAUACUUCUUUUUUCAACUUAUAAAGCCCGUCUGGGUUUAAGUACUGCAGGAAUGCGGUUAAGUCCCCGACUUGACAAGAUGUAAAACAAGACACAUUUAAAAGUCUGACAUGGAGGAACUGGUCGAGGGGCUUACAGUCGCUAGCGUAUCUCUGGAGUACGAUGAUGUCUCCCUCGUACACCCGCGUUAUGACCAAUACAAACAGAAAAAAUCCCGUGUCAGCCAGGAAGAAAGAAGAAAACAGUUCUUACUCGAUCAAAAGAACAAAAGGCUUGAGUGCUUCAACCGCAACAGGGGCAUCCCAGAGGAACCUGAAGACGAAAGUGUUCAGAUCAAGCCUCAUGAUGAAAAAAGUGUCUAUGCCAACUGGCUUAUGCUGUCCGUAUGGCUGGUCGACGUACCAGAAAACAUGAAAGAAGAGUGGUACUAUGUGAUUUGCCCUCAGGGUAAGAGGACACUCGUCAUCGCCGAAAGGGGUGUGACCAGGGCUUAUUCACGACAUGGCGAGCUUUUGAUGAAGUUCCCGUCUCACCUUCCAGGCGGCAGGAAGGAGCACAAUGGCUACACGGUCCUGGACUGCAUAUGGGACCAUUUUUCAAAGACUUAUUUCAUACUUGACAUAUUGACUUGGGCCGUACCGUUGACCAACUGUGAGGCAGAACUGAGGUUCUUCUGGCUGAAAAACAAGUAUGCUGAAAUACCAGAACUCAGCAUCCCUGGGAAGACAAACAGGCACAGGUUCAUCCUACUCGAUCACAACUACGUAUCUGAUUUGCAAAAGAACAUGGAGACACACCCGUUUUUCUCGAGUAACGAGCCAAAAGUCGAUGGAGUCAUAUUCUACCACAAGGACUCGCUCUACACGCCGGGUAAAUCGCCCCUGGUGACCUGGCUUAAGCCGUUCAUGCUGCCGGACAUACUUGGCACCAAGGUCGCCGAGGCAUACCAUGCCGAGAUACCAAUGUCGUACCAGAAAAGGCGCGCCAGGAUGGAUGUUGAUGAGACCGACGCUGGCGCCGAUGCCAAAUACAAAAUGGCCACCGAAACAGCAUAAAAAAGC